AUGCGGGCUUUAUCAGAUCCUCCACUUCGAGAAUACCAUGUGUGGUGGUCUCUUUCAGAUUCCAAGUAUGGUGGAACCCACCGCUCGUCGCGAAUUUUGGUUGUCUCACCCUCAGCUCUUGUUAUUUCGGCGUCGAGAACUCGUUCAUCGAGCCUUCUAUCUGCGUUUAGUGGUCUCUUAAACCUCACCAUUAGAUAUGUGCACAAAAAGUUCACGCAGCAGUAUAAGGUCACCAUUGGCGCUGAUUUUGUCACCAAGGAAAUUCUAGUUGAUGACAGACUCGUUACCUUGCAGACUUGGGAUACUGCAGGACAAGAAAGAUUCCAGAGUCUUGGUGUUGCAUUCUACAGAGGAGUUGACUGCUGCGUCUUGGUCUAUGAUGUUAAUGUCCGAAGAUCAUUUGACACUCUUGAUAAUUGGCAUGAUGAAUUCCUUAAUCAGCUUUUUGAUGAUGUGAAAACAGGAUGUGAAUUACAUAUCCUUUUUAGACUCGAACAUCUUGAUAUCAGUGAUAUAGGAUCUUAUACAUAA